AUGUUGCACAUAAAACUUUUGUUUAUUCUACUCUCAAUUUCACUUGCUUGUUGCUUACGCUUUGAUUAUUACAAAAGAUAUAAUCCUGCUUUGAUACAACGACGUUCAGAAGAACUCGCCAAAGACGAUCAACGUUACCACCACCUCGCCGGUUUCAAAAACAACGAAGGACACGAAAAGGAGUCGCACAAAGACACGGCAGACAAGGGCAAGCACGACAAAGAGCAUUAUAAAAAACACUUCGGCUCUGAUGGCGGUCACAAAGGCGAGAAACAUUCAGAACACGCCGAUGAGCACGCACACAAAGCGAAAGCGGAAAGCCAAAAAGGCGCCAAAUUCAGCCAAAAGAAGGGACACAAGAAGGGGCACAAAACCAAAGGUUGGCACAACAUGUUCUUCCGCGACGAGUACCAUAAAGAGCACCGCUUCUACGACGACGAACACAAGAGUGGCGAGUAUGAGAAACACGGCGCUGCGCACGAAAAAUUCCACAAGAAUCAAGGAGCUGCCAAGAAGGGAGGUCAACAAAGAUCCAAGUACGUCCACAAGAAAAAAGGCAAGAAAGGACAUCACAACUCAGGCAGAAAUGAAGAGGAACUCAAGGGAUACAAACAUAAACAAGGUGACGAAAAGAAACAUCACAACGAAGAACAAUACGGAAAGAGUGGAAAAGGACAUGGUGGCAAACAUUAUGCAUAUAAAGAUCGGCAUUAACAAAAUAAGCUAAUUUAAGUGAGAUUGUGCAAGUAAUUUGAGUGGUUGAAAG